UUGUUUCAAUCAAAUAAAAAGGCACACCGCAAAUUAAGUGGCACUGUAUUUUUCUUGUUUGGAAUCACAGCGUAGCAAUGUACUAUUCAUCAACCAUGAAAUCUCAUCUCAGGCCUCCGCUCCCUAAAUCUCCGGUGCGUCGUACUCGGAACGUUCUUCCUUCAUCCGAUUCUGUCUCUCUUCAAACACCACCAGGUUCUUUAACCAAAUCUCAAAAACCAGUUCGAUCUCCCGAAAUUCGACCUGAAUACCGAACUAUGUCAUGUGAAUUUAAGGCUUUAGCAAGGAUGGUUCGUGAGGAAUUCGGGAAGCAACCAGAUACUACCGAAGAAUCGACCAUUGGAAAUUCUUGUGGUGUGAAAUCGGGUGUUUUAUUCGAGAGAGGAAGGUUAUACGAUGAGUACUCUGCUAGAAGGAAUGAGAGGCUCAAGAGAAAGAAAGGAGUGAUGGUGGAUCGUGAAGUUAACACUGCUGUUAAGCCUAAGGUUUCUCAUCGUUCUCUUGGUGUUACGGUUGAAUCUGGAAAAAAGAGUGCUUCUAGAAAACUUGGAAGUCUUAGAAAAUCUGUUUCUGCAGCUUACUCCACUGAGGUUAGUGAAACUCCAAGGUACAUGCUUAGAAGCAUGACUAAGGAAAAUAAGAAACCUCCUCUAGCUUCAAGAUUUGAUAAUAAAUUGGGUACCGUCGGCGAGAAGAAGAUAGGAGCACCAAGAAGAGGAGGAAGAAUUACAUAUUAUUAGUUUCUUUUUUUUUUUUUUUCUCUUUUUUUUGUUUAUUGAGAACAUGAUUUAAUUUAUGUCUGGGUUAAAUCUUGUUCUAUGUUUUGUUGGUUAAAGAUUCUGUCAAUGGAAAUUGAUACAUUUUUCUGUGUACGAAGACUUGAUUUAUUUUGAGUGGGAUUUGCUCAUAAAAUCUGAUGCCAUAAACAUGACUAGGUGAGAUUGAUUUUAUUUGUGUGACAAGGCUCCCUCCAUUCCUUUAAACAAGGACUUCCAAGUCUGAUGGUGUUGGUAAAGCAGAAAACCUAGAAACCAUGGAAAUGGUCAUAAUUCUACUUGCCAGGCUUGUGAAUUAUCUGGCAAAUAAUUGAGAAAUUGGUUCAAUUUACAGACAGUGCUUUGUUUGCAAAUCUAAAUUGACAAUAUGAUUUGAUGUAAUUACUUUUUAAUGGGAUUUCUGCAUUCUGAGCCA